AUGCCAACACCGAAAGCAAUCAGUGAACAGAAAUCCUUGCAAAAAGCGAAGGAAGAACAACAGAAGAUGGAUGAGCAAUUGAAGACUCUCACUCGUCAGAAAGGGGCCGUGCGGGGCAAACUUACUCGCGUGAAAAGUGCCAUUGAACACAGUGAAGAUGCGUCGAACCCGAACAUUAUGAACGUGCAUUUUCUUCGGUUGCAUCGGAAAACUAUUGAUCAAGCGUACAAGCGACGUGCCGAACAGGAUGCAAAGUUCGUCGACUUCGAGACCAUCUACAACGAUUUGGCGAUUCGACUGAGCAUGCUGAUGGAAAAGGCUGUGAAGCACAGUCAAGCGAAAGAUGCCGCCACGAAUAAAACCACCGUAACAACAGCGAACAUUACGAUGCCAGUUGGUUCAGGGUUGCCCUAUCUGCCUCCACUUCAAGCACCGUUGCCGACCUUCGACGGGUCGUAUGAGCGAUGGUUUUCGUUUAAAUCCAUGUUUACGACCAUCAUGGAUCGAUACAAACACGAGGAGCCGGCGAUAAAACUCUACCAUCUCUGUAACUCACUGGUUGGACCGGUAGCAGGAAUCAUCGAUCAAGACAUUGUAAAUAACAAUGAUUACAAUGCUGCCUGGCGAUUCUUGACGGACAGAUUCGAAGACCGGAGGCUUAUCAUCGACAAGCACAUCGAGUGUUUGUUCAAUUUGCCACGAAUCUCCAAAGAUAGCUCAACAAAUCUCCGAAAAUUGCUUGACGUCUGCAAUAAAAAUGUAGAAGCUCUUAAAAACCUGAACCUCAAACUGGAAGGCCUCGGCGAGCAAAUGGUGGUCAAUAUUAUUUCAUCGCGCAUGGACAAAGCUACGAGAGUUGCAUGGGAGACGCGGCAGAAACCAGGAACUCUUCCGAGCUAUUUGGAUACGAUGGCGUUUCUGAAAGAACAGUUGGAAAAUGUGAAAUCGAAAGCGGUGUCCAAGGGGCACACGCUCCAAGGGGCACACGGGCACACUUCGUCGCAUAGUUGCCGUGAAUGUGGUAAACGCCACCAUACGUCGCUGCACGCCGGUGACCCAACCAGUUGCAAAUUGGACGACUCGAAAAAUGCUGCCAGGAAUACCGCUGAAAAUGAAGAUUCUCGAUCCUCUCUUAGAGACUCCGAGGCUGGCGUCCAAGAAGUUAAUGUGCCUCGAUCCGGCACUGCCACAACAUUAAGCGUCAGUGUUGAAAGUGAUACAAAGCACACAUUGUUAUCAACCGCGGUGGUCCAAGUCCGUGGCUCGAACUCUGUUGUGUAUCCCUGCCGGGUGCUACUGGAUUCUGCAUCUACAGUGCAUAUCGUCAUGGAACGUUUUGCCAAUCUGUUCGCCCAGAAGAAGGAACCUGUUGACUACACCGUGAGCGGACUCAAUGGGACAAACACAAGGCUUCGUCGUAUGGUACGCAUGACACUCGAAUCCUGCAUGGGCGACUUCACAGCUGAAUUGGAAUUUCUCGUGGCACCGAAGAUUACAAGUGACAUUCCAGAAAGAUCCUUCGAUACAUCAUCAUGGUCCAUUCCGGCGAACAUAAAGUUAGCUGAUCCGUACUUCCAUCGAAGAGGACGUAUUGAUAUGCUCGUUGGUGCGGAGAUUUUUUGGCACAUAGUUAAGGAUGGCCAGUUCAAACUUGGAUCGAAUUUACCAGUGUUGACCAAAACAGAGUUUGGUUGGAUCGCUGGUGGCGUAAUUUCUUCUGACGCACCAGUAAUAGCGCGGUCGUUUUGUCAAACCGCUAAUGAAGACCUGACCGAAAUUCUACGAAGCUUCUACAAGCUGGAAGCUUGUGACGAGAUCCAGCACACGGCUAAGGUGGCCGAUGAACGAUGUUUGGAACACUUCCGUGAGACCCACAUACGAGAUCAGGACGGAAGAUACUUCGUGCGACAUCCGUUUCACGAUACGAAGAAACAACUUGGUGAUUCUCGAAAAAUGACAACGAAAAGAUUCUUCUCGUUAGAGCGACGACUUGACAGGGAACCUGAAAUCAAGCAGCAGUAUGCUAGUUUUAUGCGAGAAUAUGAAGACCUCGGUCACAUGAAGGCUAUCACGGUUGAGAAUGAAGAGCCGAGUUCCGCUUACUACAUACCACACCUUUGUGUAGUUAAGCCUACUAGUACAUCGACUAAAUUGAGGGUUGUCUUUGACGGCUCUGCAGCCAAUUCAUCCGGAGUAGCGAUCAACGAUGCUCUUAUGACGGGACCGAACAUUCAGAACGAUUUGUUUUCGAUUCUGUUGAAUUAUCGCAGCUAUAGGUAUGUGUUUACAGUGGAUGUCAUCAAAAUGUUCCGACAGGUUGGUGUUCUACCCCCGGACACUGCAUAUCAACGGAUAGUGUGGCGCUAUAAUCGUAACGAGCCUCUAAAGUUUUAUGAACUCGUGACAGUAACCUAUGGGUGCUCUCCUUCUGUCAAGGCUAGUUGA